GAUUAUUCGCUUCUUGAAGAAAUCUUCGGUGACAUUGAAUGCCUUAACCGUCAACUUAUAGACGCCGAAAAACAACUUUCUCGAUUUUUUAAGAUUUUAUCUAUUAAACGGGAAAACAAUUUUUGCGAUCUCCAGUGGUGCCAUUGCCAAGUGGAGCACCUUAUUGAAAGGAGGGCAAAGUUAUUAGCGGACAUCCAACAGUUAUCCGUAGGGUAAGUAAUUGAGUGGAGUUACUUUUUUUUUGUCAUUUACUGUUAUCUAGGAGCUUCCAGUAAAAAUAUUGAAGAGUUCAGAUUUUGGGGGAUCAUUAAGCCGGUGUGCCAACUGCUUAUUUAAAAAAGGAGAUCAAGCUCGUUUAUAAGGAAUCAAAAAUGUUUAUGUGUGAAAAAUGUAAUAAAUCAUUCGCUACUAAUAGCAAUCUUCGACGCCAUCUCAAAAAGUCAUGUAGAGCUCAAGAACCAUCUCCAAAGAAGCUCAAAGUUACACACGAUACCCAGAGAUUUUGCGAUGUGUGUUCGGAGCACGUUUCAAGCCGAGAUUAUGUUGGACAUUUGCGAAGUGUCAAACAUAAAAAUAAUUCCCUUGCGUUUUCAACUGAAGGGGUUCAAGUAAUUACGUCAGCCUUCAAAUCUCGCAUUGUGAGCUACAGAAUAUCAGCGAAUACACAAUACAUUAAUCUGAAGGAAUUUGUCGAAUCGUUGGCUGACGUAAUAAAAAAAUUAGUUCGUGAGCAAAUUGAUAUCAUGGGUAGCGUUAAGGUGAACUGCGAGCUGUUUGGUUAUUUUAUUUUGGAAUCGAAGGAUCGAGGAGAAGUUAAGUCUUUUAAUACUCGUAACCAAGUAUUGACGAUAAGUUCCGACUUAAGUGAAUGGUUUAAGGAUAUCAUCGAAAAACUGGAAGUUGACGCAACGGAAUUUGAACAUCGCGAGUCAGGAUGGGCUCUUCAGCACUGGUUAUAUAUGGAAGUCAACAUUAAUAAAUAUAACCCGCUACGAGCUUCUUCAUUCAUACCGACCCCUGCAUUUAUCUCACGCAAAAGAGCCAUUAUUAAUGUAAAGAACGAGGAUUUCGGAUGUUUUGGAUGGGCGCUAGUUGCAGCUAUUUAUACUCCAACUGGACAUCCCUGCGAACCGGAUUCGUAUCCGGACUAUUUAGAAAAGUUCAAUUUUGAAGGAAUAACGUUCCCGGUAAAAUUAGAUGCGAUAUCAAAAUUUGAAGAAAUGAAUCCCUUGUCCAUUAACGUUUACGGUUUAGAGGAGGACACACAGAAACAAGGUAAAAUGACAUAUAAAGUAGUAGGUCCUUUACAUUAUACCAAACAAAAGAAAGCCGUGCAUGUAAAUCUUUUAUACUUGUCUAAUUUAGAUGGCAACAGUCACUACUGCUACAUUUCUAAUAUGUCGCGAUUAAUUUCCAUGCAAGUGUCCAAGCACAAAGAGGCUAUUUAUCUAUGUGACGGAUGCUUGCAAUAUUUUACAAGUCAGGAAAACCUGUGGCGUCAUUCUAGAUUCGAUUGUAAUUAUGUUUGUACAUUUUUGCCUACAAAGGAACCUAUCUUGACAAAGUGGGGCCAGCCGUCAUUUGAUAAUCGACUUAAAUUUAAUAAUUACCAAAAUAAAGUCAAACACCCGUUUGUUGUCUAUGCGGAUUUCGAAUCGUUGCUUAAGCCCAUAGAAGGACCUCAACCGAAUCCUCUUCUUCAAUUUACUACCAAAACAUUUGAGCACGAACCAUAUUCGUUCGCGUAUUAUAUUAAAUGUUCUUUUGAUGAUAAAUUUUCAAAGUUUCAAAUUUAUCGAGGUGCCAAUGCCCCAGUGCAGUUUAUAAAUAUGCUACAGAAUGAUAUUCUAACCAUAUACAAUCAACAUUUUAAGCAAAGUAAACCUUUACAAAUUUUAACAGAAGAGGAACGGAGACAAAUUAAUCUUGCCACAAGUUGUGGGAUUUGUGAGAAACCUUUUGUUGAGGGAGAUGUAAAAGUGAUCGACCACGACCAUCAGACUUCUUUCGUCAGGGCCGGAUUAUGUCAUUCUAUAUGUAAUUUACAGCUUCAAAAUCCAAAUUUUAUCCCUGUAUUUUUCCACAAUUUGACCGGGUACGACAGCCAUCUUUUCGUUAAAUCCCUGGCUUUAGAGAAUGAAAAUAUAGACGUUAUUGCCGGAAAUAAGGAAAAAUACAUUUCUUUUUCGAAGCAUAUUGUAGUAGAUCAAAUCGUGGAGAACGGAGUUCCAAAAAACCUAAUAUGGAGAAUACGUUUCGUCGAUAGUUUUCGUUUUCUGGCCAGUUCAUUAAAUGUUCUUGCUAAAAAUUUGAGUGAUAGCGAGUGCACUGAAAUUACAAAAUUUUUUGGAUCUGGACGUGAAUUUGAAUUAAUUCGACAAAAAGGUGUUUUUCCGUAUUCGUUUGUAGACUCAUACGAUAAGCUUAAUCUAACUACGAUCCCCAAUAAAAGCGAUUUCUUUGAUAUGUUGCACGAGCAGGACAUUACCGAUGAAGAAUACAGACGUGCUCAGGAAGUUUGGAAUUUAUUUAAUUGCCAGACGUUGGGCGAAUACUCGGACAUUUAUUUAAAAUCUGACGUGCUUUUAUUGGCCGAUAUAUUUGAAAACUACAGAGGCGUGUGUUUACGCGAGUACGAAAUUGACGCUGCCCAAUAUCUGACCGGUCCUAGCCUUAGCUGGGACGCUAUGUUAAAAAAGACGGAUGUGGAAUUAGAAUUACUGACAGAUAUUGACAUGCUUCAUUUUUUUAAACGUGGUAUUCGAGGCGGCGUCAGUACGUGCACCAAACGCAAAGCAAUCGCUAACAAUAAAUUUCUUCCCAAUUACGAUCCUUCCAAACCAAGCUCAUUUAUUAUUUAUCUGGAUGCAUGCAAUCUUUAUGGUCAUUCCCAAACACAAUUUCUCCCACAAAGUGACUUUGUUUGGCUCACACCCGAAGAAAUUCAAAAUUUUAAUGUUUUCGAAAUAUCAGAUGAGUCACCGAUCGGGUAUGUCUUAGAAGUUGAUCUACUGUACCCUGAGGCCCUCCACAAUUUGCAAAAUGACAUGCCCUAUUGCCCCGAAUCUAUAACCCCGCCAAAUUCAAGGUCAAAGUAUAAGAAACUAAUUCCAAAUUUAAAUCAUAAGGAAAAAUACGUUUUACAUUAUAGAAUGCUAAGACAAUGCCUGCAACACGGAUUAAUUUUAAAAAAUAUUCAUCGCGGGGUUAAAUUUAUGCAAUCGCCUUGGUUAAAAUCAUAUAUUGAUCUAAAUACGGAACUGCGUAAUCGUGAAACUAGCGAAUCGGGCCGUGACACUAUAAAAACUAUGAAUAACAGCAUUUAUGGUAAAACUAUGGAAAACGUUGACAAACGAGUUAACGUUGCACUUGUAAGUCACUGGGAGAGGAUCGGUAAGAAGCCUGGAGCUGAGGGGCACAUAUCUAAACCAAAUUUUAAAAAUUUAUCGGUGUUCUCUGAAAAUCUCGUGGCAAUUGAAAUGUCCAAAGUAUCCGUAAAGUACAACAAACCGGUGUAUGUUGGUUUUUCAAUUUUAGAUUUAUCCAAAACAGUUAUGUACGAGUUCUUUUACGAUUUUCUAAAACCAUUAUAUCAAGAUAAAGUAUCUUUGUUGUAUACAGACACCGAUUCCCUUAUAUUGGAGAUUUUUACUAAUAAUUUCUAUGAUGACAUGAAAUUAUAUUUGGAUAGAUAUGACACAUCUAAAUUUCCCCUUGAUAAUGUACACGGUAUUCCACGCAACAUUUCAGUUGUGGGGAAGAUGAAAGAUGAAUAUUGCGGUGUCCCCAUCGCUAGUUUUUACGGUGCAGGUGCAAAGUCAUACUGUGUCAAUGUAGGUGAUCGUGUAGAUAAGAAAGCUAAAGGGGUAAAAAAGUAUGUAAUAAAGAACGGCUUAAAAGAGGAAGAUUAUAAGAAAGUAGUCGAAGAAGGUGGCGUGAUUAUGAAGCAGAUGAGCGGUUUUCGAUCUCACUUGCACACCAUGUACACAGAAAUGACAAACAAAAUAGCCUUAUCAUCAACGGACGACAAAAGAUACAUUAUCCCUGGCACCUGCAGAACAUUGGCAUGGGGACAUCGCGAUAUUAACGCAAUUCAAAAUUUGGAAGAUUUUCUUAAUUCUUUGUAAUCAUCAAUAACAAGCUAAGUUAUUUAAAAUGUUUAUUUAAAAUGUUUACAAUACCAUGUGCCAUAAUUACAAUAAAAAAA